GAAAAACAACUGACUUCAGGUCUUAUUCUAUUUGGCAAAUCCAGCUGUUCCUGCAAGCGGAAUCGAGUUAAACCACAGCCACAAUAAUAGUAGUGGAGCUGACUUCUUCAUGAGAUUCACUUUUGCUAGAACUUCUGAGUUUGAUCUGCUAUCGAAGAGGAACCAAGAAAAUGCAGAGAAUCUGGGAUUGACCCUUUCCCAAAUUAUCUGUCUAUGAAAGUGCUGCUUGACUCUGCGGAGAGACCCGAGGAAACGGGGCAUUUCCCGCCCUUGGACUGAUUCCCUCCUUGCUUUCAGGAAGUACUUUCAGUUUCAUUUCUCAGAAACAGUGACAAAUCUGUAAGACAUUCAAACGGAGACACAUUCACCGGACCAGCAGGUAACAUAACCAAGGGCAGGAUGGACCCCGAGCUAGAGAAUCACCUUUUAAUCAAGUUCAAGGAAAAGAAGGUGGCUAUAUCGAAUGCUGUGAACAAGCUCUUUCCCUUCAUCUACAGCCUGAGGGACCAAGCGCUAAUCAGCAAUAGUAUGCUGCAGCACUGCAAAAAUGAAUCAGUCCCCAUAGGGCAGAGAAUAUAUAAUAUUCUUGAAAAGCUGGAGAAGAAGUUCAACAAGAAGGUCCUGAAAGUUCUGUUCAACAGAAACAAUAUUAUGGAAUACCCGGAUUUGAAGCGGAUCCGUAGGAACUUCGAAGACGUGCUUAGUGAUGACUCUUCUCCGGAGAGAAGUGACUCAGAAGAAGCGAUGGAAAUCAACAAUACACCCAGGUCUCCUCAAGACACCAGCAGAGUUGAAAAUCCAGUUUUGGGGAAAAAAAAACUUGGCAAAAGACUCCCGAAAAACUCUGCUAAGAGAACGGGAGUAAUUAACCCUGAUAGAGCCCAGGGAAGCAAACCUAAAAUCUACAAGGAUAAACAGAAAAGACAAUACCUAAGAGUCGUCAGAAGAGGUACAAGGCAUUCUCAAAGUCAAUCUGUGGAUUUUAACUCACCUCAACUGCCUGUGACUUGCUCGAAGGCUAGUGGGACCUUAUACAAGGAGAAAAUGAAAAAAGGGAGUUCGGAGAAGUGUAUAAUGGAUACCAAUGGAGAGUGGUUCACACUAAGAGAAUUUGAAAUCAAAGGAGAGCGUGGGCGCUUCAAAAACUGGAAGAAGAGCAUUUCUUGUAGUGGACAUACGCUGGAAUGGCUAGCGAGCGAGGGAUUUAUUCCCAAGCCUCCAAGACAAUACGGGAUAAAGGGGGUGGCAAAGAAGAAGUUGCCUUUGAAGCAGUCCCAGACGCCUGGAAGGGAGAAAUCACAAGCACCAGCAGACCUCCCACCUCACCUGGAACGCCUCGCUGAUACAGACUCCUUUCUGGUAGCGUGUGGAGCAGCCAUAGGAAUCUUAUACAAGGAGCGCUUCGCCUCAGGAAGCCGGGGAAAAUGCAUCCGAACAGACAAGCGCUGGUUCACCCCGGAGGAAUUUCUGAACUCAGCUGAUGAAACUGAUUUUCUGUCUUGGUUCAAGAAAAUCCAUGCCUCAGGCAUCCCCCUGCAAACCCUGAUUGAGAAAAAGAUUCUGCGACUUCACAACAACCAGUGCAUAUGUCUCCUCUGCACGGAGGGUGCCCCUCAUCCUGAAAAUGAUGACGAGUGUGCCGUGUGCACGGACGGGGGCAUGCUGAUCUGCUGUGACUCCUGUCCCAAUUCAUUUCACGAAGACUGCCACAUCCCUGUGGCUAACUCCACUAGCCCAGAAUGGAUCUGCACCUACUGCAAAGUGGCGAAAGCUCAGCAGAGAUGCCCACCAAAUCAAGCUGGUCAUCCAGAGUUGGAGAUCCUGAAGAGGAAGAUGCUUCCUGAAGAACGCUUGAAAUGUGAGUUUCUCCUCUUGAAGAUCUUUUGCCGACAGGAAAGUCGCAUUUUUACCAAGGACCCAAACCGCAUUCGAGGCUACUACCAGCAUAUCGAGGAGCCUAUGUGGUUGAAUUUGAUAAAGGAAAGACUGCAUCAGGAGAUGUACAACACAGUAGAGGGUUUUGUGCUAGAUAUGCGUCUAAUUUUUAAGAACUGUCGGAAAUUUAACAAGAACAACAAGUUCGGCCUAAUGGGAAUUAAACUGAAGAAGAUAUUUGAGGAGAAUUUCAAGCAAGUGUUUUCUAUACAGGAAAUAGAAGAGACCAGCUAACUGGCUUUUCUCUAGUCUGCGUUCUGGCCAGCCUUAACAAUGUUGCGCUGAUUUUCAUGCACUUUUGUCAUUUAAGUGGGAGGUUGGGGCUCCCAUAUCAGUGCCUACCUACAUUUCUGCUUUGGGAUAUAAUCCGCUAUAAUCAGCUUCACCCUGUUGGGGAAGAGGUGGGUCUAGGCUAAAAAUCACUCAGUAAUUCUUUUUGCAUAUUUUACAAAUAGCAUUUUAAGCUCCAUACUAAAAAGCUUCUAGGAUCCUUCCCUGGGUGCCAAACCCUUAGCAUAAAACUCCUGCUCCUUCCUUUGAAACCGGGCGACCCUCAGUUCUAAGAUUGCAAGGGACUUUGGAAAUCAGGAAGGGGCCAGUGCUGAAGGAGUGCUGCAACUGUCUGCCCAAAUCCCACUUCUCUGCAGGUAUUCGAGGGAAAAUGGGGAGGGAGAAGUUUGCCCCCAGCAAGCCUCCAUAUACGAUCCCAGGAAUCCUCCUGGGUGAUUAUUCAGACUGAUAGAGAUGUUUCUUAAUAAUAAUAAUAAUAAUGAUAGCAUUUGUUAAGCAUUUACUAUGUGCAAAGCACUG